AUGAGGGCACGAUCAGGCAGCUUAUACCACCUCCAACCCCGGCUCGAUGACAUUCUAAACGAUGUGGCCCCCUUCCCCUACACCCUGGGCGCAUUCAUUGCCUUCCUCUCCGAGCACCAAUGUCUAGAAACCGUCGAGUUCAUACUGGAAACCGAACGCUACCGACGCAUCUACCACUGGCUCGAGCACAAAACCGAGACAUGCGAGGCCGUCCGCAAGGCCCAUCUCUCCGGUCUCUGGAACCGACUGGUCAACCAGUAUAUCCGGCCUCACGGGGAGCGCGAGAUUAACAUCCCCUGCGACAUUCGACAGCAGCUGAUGCAGCGGUUCCACAAGCACGCAGAUGACCCUCCCCCGCCAGAAAUACUCGAUCGGGUCGUGAAUCACGUCAAGGAGCUCCUGCGCGGGUCUAUCCUCAUACCCUUCCUGCGAAGAUCAUCCGCGACCGCGCGCGUCCAGCCGCUCUCCAUGCCGUGUUUGAACGAUUGUUUGCCAGAGGAAGCUAUGUCCGGGCCAAGCGUCGCGGAUGAUAUACGGGUGAAUAGAUGCCCGCGGGAGGAUUAUCCUUGCCAUCGGGGGGACUCGGCGCGUCGGUAUGGGUUCUAUGGCGAGCCGGCGUCGAGUUCGGUAGAAGACGACGGCGAGUAUGCGAGUAGUGCGGUGAUGUCUUCUGCGUCGGACCGGUCGGAUAUACAGGACUUUGCUGUUAGUGGGACGACCAACUCGCGGACGAGGGGUCUUUCAGACCGGAGGUCUCAAGAGGAUAGGAAAGCUCGAGGCUGGCGAAAGAGGUUCAAGGAAGGGUUGGUGAAGCAUCUUCCUCGAUCGUCGGAUUGA